ACUCGCCGAGGGACCUAGCCCACGCCGCGUACCCGGCAGCAGGUUAACCAUGGCGAUGGGCGGCGGCGGUGGCGGCAGUAGCAGCGGCGUCCCAGAGCCGGAAGACACGGUGCUGUUCCGGCGCGGCACAGGCCAGAGUGAUGAUUCUGACAUUUGGGAUGAUACAGCAUUGAUAAAAGCUUAUGAUAAAGCUGUGGCUUCAUUUAAGCACGCUCUAAAGAACGGUGACAUUCCCGAAGUUUCAGAAAAACCAAAAGGCGCACCUAAAAGAAAACCUGCUAAGAAGAAUAAAAGCCAAAGAAAGAAUACCACAACUCCCUUGAAGCAGUGGAAAGUUGGUGACAAAUGUGCUGCCAUUUGGUCAGAAGAUGGCUGUGUUUACCCAGCUACCAUUGCUUCGAUUGACUUUAAGAGAGAAACCUGUGUUGUCAUUUACACUGGAUAUGGAAAUAGAGAGGAGCAAAAUCUGUCUGAUCUACUUUCCACAACCUCUGAAGUAGCUAAUAAUAUAGAACAGAAUGCUCAGGAGAAUGAAAAUGAAAGUCAAAUUUCAACAGAUGAAAGCGAGAACUCCUCCAGGUCUCCUGUAAAUAAACCAAAUAGCGUCAAGUCAAAAGCUGCUCCAUGGAACUCUUUUCUUCCUCCACCACCCCAUAUGCCAGGACCAGGUCUGGGACCAGGAAAGCCAGGUCUAAAAUUCAGUGGCCCGCCGCCGCCGCCACCCUUCCCGUCAUCCUGGCUGCCUCCAUUUCCUUCUGGACCACCAAUAAUUCCCCCACCACCUCCUAUGUGUCCAGAUUCUCUGGAUGAUGCUGAUGCUUUGGGAAGUAUGUUAAUCUCUUGGUACAUGAGUGGUUAUCAUACUGGUUACUAUAUGGGUUUCAAACAAAGUCAUAAAGAAAGAAGGCACUCACAUUUCAAUUAAGGAGUUAAUUUAUAUACAGUAAAAUGCACAGAUUGGGACUUCCCUGGUGGCGCAGUGGUUAAGAAUCUGCCAGCCAAUGCAGGGGACACGGGUUCAAGCCCUGGUUGGGGAAGAUCCCACAUACUGCGGAGCAGCUAAGCCCGUGCGCCACAACUACUGAGCCUGCGCUCUAGAGCCCGUGCUCCACAAGAGAAGACACCGCAAUGAGAAGCCCGCGCACCGCAACGAAGAGUAGCCCCAGCUCACCUCAACUAGAGAAAAGCCUGCACGCAGCAAUGAAGACCCAAUGCAGCCAAAAAUUAAAUAAAUAAAUAAACUUUUUUUAAAAAUGCACAGAUUUAAAGUGAAGAGUUUGAUCAGUUUUGAGAAGGUAUACCAUUGUUACUACAUCAAGAUAAAAGAACAUUUCCCUCAGUCCAGAAGUUCCUUUGUACCCCUUUCUAGUCAUUCACCACACUUGCCUAUCCUGGCAAUCACCAUUCUGACCUCUAUGAACAAAGAUUAGUUUUACUUAGUUUAGAACUGCAAUCAUACAGUAUGUUCUCUUUUGCACAGGAUUGUUUUAAAUUAUUAUUACUUGUGGGUUCAGCUAUUGUCCUGAGAUUAUAUAUGUAACAUAUUUUGAAGACACCAAGUAAUAUAGUUGGAGAAGCUUUUGGAGAAACUAAUUUCUUUUCUUUCUUUUUUUUUUUAUUUUUUUUAAUGGAAGUAUAGUUGGAUUUACAGUGUUUUAGGUGUACAGCAAAGUGAUUUCAGUUAUACAUAUACAUGUAUAUAUACCCAUUCUUUUUCAGAUUCUUUUCCAUUAUAUAUUAUUAUAAGAUAUUGAAUAUAGUUCCCAGUGCUAUACAGUAGGUCCUUGUUGUUUAUCUAUUUUAUAUGUAAUAGUGUGUAUCUGUUAAUCCCAAAUUCCAAACUUAUCCCUGUUUCCCCUUUCCUUUUUGGUAACCAUGUUUGUUUUCUAUGUGAGUCUAUUUCUAUUUUGUAAAUAAGUUCAUUUUUUUAGAUUCCACAUCUAAGUGAUAUCAUAUGAUGUUUGUCUUUCUCUGUCUGACUUACUUCACUCAGUAUGAUAAUCUCUAGGUCCACCCAUGUUGCUGCAAAUGGCAUUACUUCAUUCUUUUUAAUGCCUGAGUAAUAUUCCAUUGUAUAUGUAUAUACCACAUCUUCUCUAUCCAUUCAUCUUUCAAUAGACAUUUAGGUUGCUUCCAUGUCUUGGCUAUUGUAAAUAGUGCUGCUGUGAACAUUGGGGUGCAUGUAUCUUUUCAAAUUAGAGUUUUCUCUAGAUAUAUGCCCAGGAGUGGGAUUACUGGAUCAUAUGGUAGCUCUAUUUUUAGUUUUUUAAGGAACCUCCAUACUGUAGGAGAAAGUAAUUUUCUGAGCUUCGAAGUUCUGAUCCUUUCAUUACUAGUUAUUGUGACACAUAAAUUGACCUUUUAUAUUUUAAAAUGGCAUAUAAUUUAGGGUUGAGCUGCAUUCUACUUUAAAUAAAACUUGGUUUCUAGGCAGAAGAAGAAAGAUGUGAAGCAGUGUACCUGAAUAUUAAUGAGUCUUUGUGUUUAGAUAAAUACUUCUGGUUAAUCUUAUUUUUUUUAUAUAUAUAUAUAUAUAUAUAUAUAUAUAUAAAAGAUAGCAUAGCUACCUUGUUUGAUACCAGUCAGUUGUUAGUUAGGGGAGCAGGGAUUUGAUUUGAAAUUUGUUUGCUUACAAACUUCAUGUUUUUUCCAGUUAAGCUGCUGAUCUGGAAAGUUGUACAUUGUUUGGUAAAAUUUGGACUCUGUAGUUUCCCUACUCUUGCCAUUACCUGUAGGUAGAAUUUUGACUUCUAGGAUAUGGUUCAUUUUACUUUUACUGUAAAAUUUAUAAUAAACAUUUAAAUUAAAUUUGUAAAAAAAAAAUCUUACUUUAUAGAACCUGGUUUCAGUAGACUCUUAGCUCUGUGUUAGUUGGGUUUUUAUUGUAAAGGAAACUAGAAACUGUCACAUCAUAUUUUUCUUCCUUUACAAGUAAUAAUAGCUAUAUUUUUUGAAUGAUUACUGUGUGUUGCUAGACAUUGUUAUUUCAUUGAAUCUUUUUUUU